CCGCGGAUCUUCACACCUGCAAGUCUGCGAUCCGGACUUUCUGCAGAUGAUUUCUGUGAAGGCUGUGGAGGAGAUGUUGCUACAAAGGCCUUCUCGCCUGCGGUCUGUGCGUUCGGAUUGCGCCCGGGCUCCGCAUCGGAGAGCGUUGGUCGGUUAUGGAUGCUUGGAGGCAUGGCGAAGUCCGACGAGGAACGAGAGUGGCCGCCGUCCGAGCACCCUUCACGAUCAUCUGGGUCGACGGGGAAUGGGGCGAGAGUUCUGAUCGUCCGAGGACAUGAUCGAGGCGUUAAUGAGGAAAAGGGAAGUUAGUUGUUGCUCCUCGAGGCUCUGAGAAGCGAGCACUUGGCCUCCACGAUGUUCAGGACAUUCGGAGAGCAGAAGUUGAAUUCUCGCUUCCGGGCCAUCAGCGAGCCGCGAUGGAGUGCGCUUCGAAGUGAUGAAAUUGAACCGCGUCCUCGAGAAGGACAAGCAUGUUUCAUCCCGCUCAGUCCCCGCCAGUUCCCAGCCCUGCAUUUUCUGAGGAGAGCGCUUCGCUCCUUGCAAGCGAGCUGUCCGAGGCCUUUAUCUUGCCCAAGAAAGAAAAAGAAUCGCCCUUCAAGAAUUUUCCCCGACGCCUCACUGCCAGUGCUGUCGGGGAUAAUGCCGAUUCGCCCUCCAAUGCCAACCUCCCAGUACCUCCUGUAAUGGCGCUUGUGGGAACGAGAGAGAAGAUGGAGACUUGGCUCAAGCAUUCAGGUCCCGGGAGCUCCUGUUUGUGGGCUCAAGUGGAGGAUUUCUCGCUCAGCAAACGGGCUCUUUCUGGACAGCUGAGAUUGAGUUAUCGACUCCGUUCCGAGCAAAGUCUGUCUCUGCCAGUUUUGAGUGGAGCCCCAGUCGAACUGUCACCCGUGGCAUCCAAGGAAGGAUGGAGAAGGAUCACGAAGAAGAGCGUGCAUGAAAUUCUGCAUCCUCACGACUCUGAUACGCGGAGCUCGAGGAGUAAAUCUGAUGCGCAUGACAGUCCCAAUGCUUCACCUGGUCUCGAGAGGAAAUCCACAGGAGGUGCAAUCAAGGACAGGGCUGUCAGUCUUGUCGUGCCUGAAAAGGCCUACAGGCAGCUGCUUCAGAUGGUGUCUCCAGGCGGAGUUGUUCGACAAUAUCAGUCCCUUUUGCGAAGAGCUGCAGAUGUUUCUAACUUCCUCGAUGUGGAUUUUCAGCUGGUGGAUCUUCCCAAGUGGCUGAGCCACCGUCUGUUUGCUGUCUUCUGGGAGGACACCGAUGUUGUUGUGGUGAGAAGGGAUGCACCAGACCUCAAGUGGACUCUUCUCAGGUUUGAUUUCGACGAAGGAGUGAUUAGGUCUACUGAGGGCGCAAGUGUCUGCAGCCUGGAAACAACUUUUGGAAAUAAAAGCCUCUGCGACAUCCAUGCCUCGCGAAAGAGAUUUCGGGCAGAACCGGCAGCUGGAGAUGUUGGCUUCAAUUCAAAACAGAAGUCUUUGGAGGAGGUGAAAAGUGAGCUGGAGUGGAAGUCCUGGAAAUGCAUGUCGAGGUCGCAGGAGCACACUUCUGUCAGCCCGCUGGCUCUCAUGCUCAUGGAUCUACUUGGAACUUUGGCCACAGUAUCAGCUACAGAAAUUGAGUCCGUCAAACUCCUGUUCAAUCCUGAUCCGUGGGAGACAUCAGCACUCGGACAAGACGACCUGGUUUUAGGAGUCUCAGCUGUCCGAACAAUGUUCACAUGUCGAGGGAGGAAAGGAUUGUCUUCUAAAGAAAAGCUAGCUCUUGCCAAAUUGAGAAGCGACUCCGAUGAGCUCCAUUUAGAGGGCAUUUGCACGUUGCUGGAACUACUGAAAGUUGGUGAUGCUUCUUCGUCGAGCAUCGGUUCGAAGGCGCUGGUAGAUAUCAAGAGUCCACCGUCUCAUUCAAACCACGACAGCUCCCGGUCUAGUUCUGCUGUAUGGUUACCCUCUGACCAAGAAGACAUCGAAUCUAGUUUCAGAGAACAGUUGAAAAAAGAAGCUGGACUGCGAGAAGUAGCUGAAUCGAAUUCAGCCACUGAUGGAGGAGCGAUGGAGGCUGACUCGGGGAAACGAAAGCUAAGACAUGGAAGUGUGAGAGAACACUCGCAGAGAGCAAAUGGUGAAGUGGCACUUUCUCGCGUUGGGAGUCAGGCGGAUGGAGAUGUUGGAGGCGCAAAUAACGGUUGGUGCAGGUUUGAGGAGCUCGACGCUAUGCACCAAAAAGAAGAUGCAGAUAAUGACGAGGUUGGAGUGAUGCAGGUAAGUGAAUGGGUAAAGAAUGGAUUUUUCGAAGUCCUUAUACGAAAGCUGAUGAGUAGACCCAGAUGCGUGCAAGAAGACAAGGUGGAGAAAACUAAACAGCUCAGUUUUGAACUGGUGCUGGAGGCGUUCUUGAAAAUCCUGGACCUUUUACCAGGAGAGGGGACGUCUCGGAUGGUCAUCAUCAUUCUUCAAUUGGUCAAUGAACUGUCUGAGACUAUAGCGAAACUUAGCUGCUCAGCCGACAAGCGGGAUUGCGGGGAGGAGGGUGGGAAGCCUUCUUCCAACGGAUCAUCGAAUGAUGGAAGCCUCCUCUUUGUCAACGAUUCAGUGCAACGUAAUGGAUGCACACACGAGAAUAAACUUCAGGACAGCUUGGUGAAGGCGCUGAAGUUUUCCAGACUGCUCUCUUCAGUAGUUUCCAGGUCAUCAAUCCUUGGUGGAUGUUUGGCGAUGCUAGGGGGGCUUGAUCUCAUCUUGGAUUUUUAUUCAUGCCUUUUGAGAAGGUUCCCUGUCAAUUUAAGACUCGGGACAAGAUCAAUUACCAGUAAGAUACGUGCAGAAGGUACACUCCCGGGGGAGGUAAUGAAGAGUCAGGAUACCACCUUAAAGGUUCUGCCCUGUAUAUUCCCACGUUUUUGCAUUUGUAGGGUUGCACAAACGUGUCUUAUGGACUCUAGUCUAAACCCCCAACAGGAGAAAGUAGACUUGACUUGGCUCUCUGCCACUGGCAACAAAUCGUGCAACUUGAAGGAGUUUAUUCUUGGCUCUGAUCCAGAGUUAGGAGCAAGACUACUCGCUGAUAAAACUUGUAACAAUUAUAUAGAACGACUUCUAACGUUGGCACCCGGUUCAAAGACUGUGGUUAGAAAGCCAGACGGUUGUCAAUUGACUUAUUUUGGAGAUUCAGGUUUUGAUAGCGUGACCAAUAAAUUCAAAGUGGAAACUUUGGAGGCAUCGGUGAUUGUUUUACCAUCUUCUGAUAAACAGUUUGACGUCUCUACUGGAGUACCAAGAACCAAAAACCUAGAUAAUGCCCAGAAUACAGAGACCGUCAGUUUACCUCAUCAGAGACAGACACGACCUUACGUUCCACGACUACCUCUGAGCUCUAUACAAACUACCAGCUCCGGAUCUGGUCCAACAGCGGUCUGCCUCAAAGAUUCUUCCGAAUCAAAAUCUGUAGCUGUAGCUGACACAGGAGAUUUGGCUUCUAAUCUAUACACGGGAUCAUCAACACACUUUGACAUACUCAGGGCAGUCUCUGACGUCAAAUAUGAACUUCUGCGAAGCAUGGCCGAGCUGUUUGGCAACCAUAGCCUUUCUUUGAUGCGUCUAAGAAGCUACCUUCACCAAAAGGUUCAGAGUGAAGGAGAAUCUCAGCUUGUAAAAAGUUUUCUGCCAGAUAUGAUCGGUGGGUUUCUCAACACCGUACCUGAGCAAACAAGUAGGAGAGCAAAGAAAAUCCAAUUGCAGGUUGUAUCCAUACUGGACAUGAGCGAGAUCUGUGGUGGUAUGUGUCCAAGUGAAAGCUUCAGGGUUUGUGGUGGCGAAGAUGCACAGGGUGGACCUUGCUGGAGUGGUCCAGGACCACCUGAUGUUUCAUAUGAGUACAAAAGAUCUGUUGAUGUUUUGCUGCUUGAGAUAGGGAAACGUUUGACGGUCAUGGUCUGUCAUCUUACUAAGAUGGUGAACAAAUCGGAAGCCUACGAAGGGGAUGAGACAAGCAACCAAAUAUGGAUGAGAGGUCAAAGUCCGCAGUGUUGCGAACCAUCUCUGGUAUCUAAAACGCUCUACAGUGGUCACAUGUUGAGUUUGUGGGUUGAUGUUGGAAUUCUGUUGCAAUUCCUUGAGGAUUUCGUGUUGUUGUGGCCAGAAGAAGGCUCCGCUCGUCGAGUGUUGAAAUGUUGCGGAAAACCAAUUGAAGGGAUUUUUGGAUUGUUGGCUCAAUCACCCUCCCAAAGUGACUGGAAUCUUGCUCAGAUUCUUGCCAUGCAGCAUCUCUUCAGGCUGUCCACAGUUUGUAUGAAGAGUCCCGCGCACGAAAAGGACCCAGGAGUUCAAGUCUGGAACGACGUUGACGCCUUCUUCUGGCAGUUGUUAAUCACAAAUGACAGCAACUGGAUAUGUGUCAAGAAUUUUGCAGAAUGGGUGCUAUUGAAAUCAUGUCAGGGUUGUGUAAGGACGCUGCUAGAGGGUUACCAAAAUGCUCUCUGGGAACCUUUGGAGAUAUACUACAGCAUGUUGGGCCAGAAAGUCAAUCCUCUAUGGACACAAAGUAAACACUCAGACUCUCGUCGUGGAGGGAAAAUGUUGAGAAAGAGCAUCCUUCCUCUUCUCAGAGCAAGCGUAUUGAUGAUGAAGAAGAAGUUCAAGUGUCAAUGCCAAAGUUCUCAGGCUAGUCCAGUCAUGUACAUGAGUAGGUUACUUUUCUUGCUUGACUUUCUCAUGAACCCUAUCGAGGGCCUACUGAUGACUGUAAUUAAAGCUCCAGUUUCGUGUGGGCAGCUGAAUAAAGUGUACAGAGAAAAUGUAACAUCCUCUGUCUCGAACUUGAUCAACUCACGAAGAGCGAAUGAUCAAAGCACAGUUCAGUGCUGUAACCAGCCUGUAUAUUCAGCAGAUACCGGGCCUUUGUGUACGAAUGAUUCGACAGGGCUGUGCACGAAGUGUGCAACUAUCUCCUCUGAAACAACUUUUUGUCAGAAGUUUACUUCCUCCAUGAAGCAUGAAUGCAUAUGUAUUCUUGCCGAUAUAUUCAGUCUAAAAGCCUUCGAGGCUAGUGAUGAGCAGUACAAUAUGUGCAUCAACCCAAGGGCACAGAACCCCUUCCUCUUUCGUAAGUACGUCAAUCCAUUCCUAGAGAUCAUUUUCAUAUGCUUUUUGAAGUGUUAUAGCGACAGAGGGGAGUACAGUGAGCGUGAAGUCCAGCUACCUUGGGGCAUAUCUCCACGAUGGCAAUGCGUUUCCGGUCGCUACAGAAAAUCGAUGAACUGCAGUCUGCAAAGACAUGGACCUAUCAACUUGGCAGUGGAUCCUUCAGGUUGUAAGACACUCUUCACGAGCAAAGGCAGAGACAAAGAUGAGAUUGUUGCUUGCUCAGUCAGGAGCCACGAGGAUGAAGCUACAACUCUAGCCUGUAUACUAUAUGCUCGAGUUCUCCUAUCUUUAGCCCAGAAUCAGACAGAUGAUGUGACUCAAGGUUUCCAGCAGGUAAAAGUUAUGGAUUUUUUAGUGCAGCAGAUUGGCUUGGAGUAUGAGAUUUCUCAAGUUGCUACGCCUCGAGAUACUGUCCUUGCAGGGAGAGCUACUAGCACUCCAGUGGUACCCGGGAAUAAUCAGUUCCUUGAUUGCAUUGACCUCGAAGACAAGAUCCGCAGAGCAGCAUCUUUCAGGAGGGAGGAGAGGUCAAGUUCAAGUGAGCUGAGUACGAUCAGAGAAGGCGAAAGCAUCCAGGGAAGAAGCUGUGACGGACUGGAAGGCGAUUGUCAGCUGGAAAGUAACGACAUGAGUAACACAAGUAGUUUGCCAAGGUGCAAGACCAGCCAAAUCUUCAGAUCUCCAUCGAGUUCAGCCGAAGUGAAAACCGUAUCCUCAACGGCCGUACUCGCUCGGGAAGACCUGCGACUGGAGAGGACACCAUUACAGUCGUCGAAAAGGAUUUUCAGGGAGCAGACACUGAACACAGUAUAUGAGCUGGUUCAGGAAUCCUGUAUGAGGGGACCAGGUUGUUGCCUCGGAUUUCACUCAGCGCGAGACACGAGGUCUACAGAGUUUGCCAAAAAACAGGCUCAUUGGAAUUUACUUGAUCAACCUCUUCUGAGAUUCCGGCCAACUCAGAUUAACUGGCAUAAGGCAAUAAACUUCAGUGAAGAAGGCCCAAGGAGUCUGCUUCCUUUCAGGGAAAGAAACAGAAACACGCUGCUAUGCAAUCAAGUGCUGAGCGAACGUGGAACAAAUAGUACCCUGACUCUCUUUCAAAGAGGCCCUGGAGCAGGUGCUAGUUUCAACCGAAAGUUUAGGGGAAAAGAUGAGAAUGAAUUGGAGCUUUCCGUGGGGAUUCAAAGUCGUGUUGUUCCGCCUACAGUGGAGAAGAGUCUCGAAGCUGAACUUUUAGCGACAGCCAACAAGUCCUCUUUUAAAACAAGAGGUGUAGCCCAGUGUGAGCUUGCUGUAGAAGGGGAGGAAAAAGAAGUUAUUCACUACAACUCCACAGCAGUAAAAUACGCUGGCAGAUUUUUUGACCUUAACGAGGAAGUGGAGCGAGAGCUUGCACAGGAAGACUCUCCAACCCCUACGAGUCACGACAUCGAUGUUAAAGAUACAACUGGAGUCGCUGAGCUGCCUACGUCUUGCACGUCCCAGCAUGAACUACACUCCACUGUUCAGAAGUCUACAACAGCUGGUUCGGUGAAUUCGCAGUCAGCCUCUGAAAACAUGUCAUUACAGCCAGAAUCAACCCAUGUGCCUGACUUGGGAUCAAACAAACGUACACCAGCUAGGCCAGCUAUUCCAAGGUUGAAAUUACCGAAAUCCCUUCGUAAAGGUGGUCAGGACAUGAUAUCGGAUGCGUCCAUGGAAGUCGAGUUGUUGCCAUCCACCUCUUCAACUCAAGAAUCAAAUGGCAGGUUAAAUUCCUUGCUUGAAUUGCACAAGGCGUUUUCUGCUUCUGACAGAGAGGAUAAAAGCUGGAGGCUUGGUAGCUAUGAGACUGAGCGCUUGCGAAGGAGAUUAUAUCGGCAUGCAGGACUCCAUGUGCUGCUGUUGGAACUGUAUGUCGCUCUCAUGCUCAAUAUUCAGGGAACUUUGGAAGCAUGCUACAGUGACAGAUUCCCCAUGGAGAAUCGAAAACUCAAUGCUCCUUUUUUCUUAUCCUAUCACCUUAAUCAUGCUGCCAAUUCUUACUUACUGCCUUGUCUGAGCAAGCGAAUGAAAGAUUUCAAACCGGCCGCGUAUCGUAUCUUGAAGCUCACUUGGAGAGUUCUUUUCACUCCGACGCUGUAUAGAAGCAGAAAUCGGAUUGCCCACGGUGCUUUUGCCCAGGUAUACACGGCUACUGUCAGAAAUCAGAGCGUCGAUGCAGAAGAGCGUGUAGUGCUGAAAGUCAUUGAUGUUCCCAAAGGACCUCAUGAUCCUUGCAGAUUCUUCGAUGUAUUUUCUGAAGUCGAAAUUUUGGAGAGAUUUGUGGGGGAGCCAAGAGUGUGCCAAAUUCUUGACUACGGAGUGGACGCAGAGAGCUUCAUUCUGGUCCUCAAGCACUACAAGUGUAGUCUGCGCACUUGGAGGGAACGCCACCAUGGCAAGCCAGGUGGUGAGAUAAAACCAUCUCCUGAAGUGCAACAGCAGACGUUUUAUACGAGGCUUCCGCUGUAUCUAGAAGUGUUUUCUGCUGUCCUGCAAGCGGUUAAGGUCUUGGAAGCUGAGAAUGUUGUCCACUAUGACCUGAAGUGUGACAAUAUUUUGCUUGAACCUGUGGACCCUUGUUGUCCUGAGUCUGAAUUCUGGACUCCAACAUGGCCACCAGCGGACGCAUCUAAGCUAUUACCAUUCCGAGUGUGCAUUGCCGACUUCGGUCAAAGCAAGGCGUCUUUGUACCUGGGGGGUGAAUGCACGGUGCGAAAUAGAGGAACAGAGUACGUGAAGAGCCCAGAAAUGCUAAAACUGUUGAGCAACCAAUCCCAGAAGGAUUCAGAUUUCAACGUUCGGCAAGCAGGUGAAGCUGUGGGGAAAGCAGUGGAUGUUUGGAGCCUGGGCUGCUUGCUCUAUGAGCUUCUGACUGGAGAGUACCUUUUCUACGACGAUGACUGGCUUCGCUUCUUCAUCCGAGUGACUGUUCCUUCUGAGGAGCUUAUCCCAGAAGAUAAGGCAGCAAAGGUGGACAACUACGGUCCUGUGAUGGAUUUGCUGCGAUUUGUAUUCGUUCGUGACCCAAUUCAGCGGCCAACUCUUGAUGAUCUCACAAUAUGCGUCGAACAAUUGCAGCUGAAAGUCCUAGAGCAGACAGAAGCUAACAUGCGGAGAGUCACCGACAUUUCUUCCCAGGGUUUGACGGAUUUCUUCCCAGGCGAAGACACCGACACCGACUCUGAUUCUUCUUCAGAUGUUCAAAUUUCCGGAGAAUUAGAUGUCUGCCCUCAACAAGAAAAGCCACCCCACACACGACACUCUUUGAGGAGAUGCUUGAAUUGCUUGAUUUGCCACUGUGAUUGUAUACGAGAGUAAGCGGAACGCAUCAUUGCAUGGAGAAAUUCAACCUUGUACUUCUGGAACAGAUGCGGUGCACCACAGCAUGUAUUAUCUGAGUAUAGGAACAACCAGAAGGACCAUAAGGCUCAAGAAGCAAAUAUUGCUCCUCCAGACGAGUACGUGUUCAAUGGAGAACUUUUCCACUCGAAAUCACUCGGACUUUUAUGGGGCCUACACAUCUACGAGGCAAUCUGUGAAAAAGUCCUUGAGCGAAUUCAUUCGCAGAUUCGCAGUUUUGGGAAGAUGGAUGGUGUUUACUUCACCAUCCAUCUUCCCAAAACUGAAGCUUGUUCGAGUUUGCAAGAAACGAGACAAGCUGAGCAAGGGCAGUGGACCAUGUCUCUACAGCUUGGAAGGAGUAUCUCAGCAUCUAGUACGGGUUCGAGUUUGGAUUGCGGAGGGAGUACUGCAGUAGUCGAGACCCUUAAGUUGGGUUACAUGGGCUCCUACUUGGACCUCAACGAGCAGAUUUUAAGCAUCACUCGAAUUCAAUGCACCGGCGGACACUCUUCGUUGAAGGUUUUGCGAAGGAUCGAAACUCUACCAAUGGUCUGCAAUUCGAAUGAGACAUGACGUGCAUGGAAACCAAUAUAAGACCAAGGAAGAGAACGAGAAGUCAACUGCAGCUGGCACCAAGCUAACUAACGUUGAAAGGUGGAGAUCUAACAGGAACCUUUAGAUUGUUCACCAAAAAAAGGAAUGAUCAGAUUUGAAGCUUUGACAAAAGAACUGGGAACGAUUGUAAAGCACAUGUUAGGAAAGUUCAAUAUAUCGCGGCAAACAUCUGUUCAUCUUGUUCAGUGCUCACUAAAUGUGGGAUGUAUCGGGUGUCCUCAAGAAUGCUGGUGCUCUAGUCUCAAAAAAGGAACAUGGUGUUCAUCCCUGCGAACGAAACAGCACCUCUUAAGGGGUACACAUGAACUUGGGUGGGUAUAUACAAUAUCGUUACAUCUCGUGAUAGUAUGUACAGCACCGGUACCUCGUAGGUGUACGGUUUUUUCUAGGGAAUUUGUGCACGAGGUACUCUUUUUGGUGCUCGGUGUUGUAGACAGAGGACAAAGAAGUUGAGAAGCAGCACAAAAAUCCAUAAAAAGUCCCUGGGGAUAAGAACCAGCUGCUACGGCGCACGAGCUUUUAUUGAAGAAGGUGCAUACACAUCACAGUAAUGCACUGUUCUUUGCAUAGCGUGGCGGCUAGCCAGUCAACGGGAACAUGAAGUGACUGCUCAGAUAUGUGCAUUUCGUGACCUGAAUGGAUUGAAUUCUGCCAGUAGCCAACGUGUCCUUACGUAAGUUCUUUCAAUCCUCAUGUUCACGAUCAUUCAAGGGAUCAGCUUUGCGGAAUUCCGCGCAAUCACUUUCUUCGGGCUUGAAUUAAGUCUGGACCUGUUCUGACGAAACCUUUAGACGCCGACUAGAUAAAUAUCUGAGCAUUAUUACCACAAACAUGAUUCGCGUGAUUUUAGUGUACGUCCUUGCGCACUUUUAGUCACAUACUAAUGUGGACUGUGAGGGUUAUUAUCGUUGAUUUCUUGGAGGUAGGAACGAACUCUUUGAGUGUGUUGAACAAAGCUUGUCAAAAUUGUAUGAUUUUAUGUAGAAAUUUAUUCAUACAUUUGGUAUAAAACAGU